GUUUUUGCCUGUACUAGUGUAAAUUUAUCUUUGCCGGAGAAACUUGUGAAUUUUUAUUGCGUUUCGCGUUUGAAUUAUUUUCACAGCAUCCGUAAAGACUAAUAAAUUUUGUACUAUUAUCAAAAAUUUAGCAUGGUGUGGGGAUUUGUGACUUGUGGUCCGAACGAGGCGCUUGUGGUUUCAGGAUGUUGUUAUAUGAAACCCCUACUGGUGCCCGGUGGGCGUGCCUUUGUGUGGCCUACUAUACAACAGGUGCAAAGAAUUUCACUCAACACCAUGACCCUGCAAGUGGAGAGUCCAUGUGUCUAUACCAGUCAGGGUGUGCCCAUUUCGGUAACCGGUAUUGCACAAGUUAAAAUUCAGGGUCAAAACGAGGAUAUGUUGCUGACGGCAUGCGAACAAUUCCUCGGUAAGGGUGAAUCUGAAAUCCAGCAUAUAGCUUUGGUAACGCUGGAAGGACAUCAGCGUGCUAUUAUGGGCUCCAUGACGGUUGAGGAAAUUUAUAAAGACCGCAAGAAGUUCAGCAAACAAGUAUUUGAAGUGGCUUCGUCGGACUUAGCUAACAUGGGCAUAACUGUAGUAUCUUACACCAUAAAAGAUAUACGUGAUGAAGAGGGUGACUCAAAGGGCUAUCUAAAAUCUUUGGGUAUGGCACGCACUGCCGAGGUCAAACGCGAUGCACGUAUUGGUGAAGCGGAAGCGCGUUGUGAUGCGCACAUCAAGGAAGCCAUUGCCGAGGAGCAGCGUAUGGCAUCGCGUUUCCUCAAUGACAUCGAAAUUGCCAAAGCGCAACGUGACUUCGAAUUGAAAAAAGCCGCCUACGAUGUAGAGGUACAAACGAAGAAAGCCGAAGCUGAAAUGGCUUACGAAUUGCAAGCGGCCAAAACGAAACAACGCAUCAAGGAGGAACAAAUGCAAGUCAAAGUGAUUGAACGCACACAGGAGAUUGCCGUGCAGGAGCAGGAGAUACAGCGUCGCGAACGUGAACUGGAGGCCACUGUGCGCCGACCAGCUGAAGCGGAGAAAUUCAGAUUGGAGAAAUUGGCUGAAGCCAACAAGUUACGUGUAGUCAUGGAGGCUGAAGCCGAAGCCGAAUCGAUCAAAAUCCGUGGUGAAGCCGAGGCCUUCGCCAUUGAAGCCAAAGCCAAAGCAGAGGCCGAGCAAAUGGCACAAAAAGCUGAAGCUUGGCGUGAAUAUCGCGAAGCAGCAAUGGUCGAGAUGUUGCUGGACACACUACCAAAGGUGGCCGCUGAAGUUGCUGCACCAUUGUCGCAGGCCAAGAAGAUCACCAUGGUCUCGAGCGGACAGGGUGAGAUCGGUGCCGCCAAAUUGACCGGCGAGGUAUUGCAGAUAGUUAACAAAGUGCCGGAAUUGGUGAAGAAUAUAACUGGGGUCGACAUUGCCCGGUCCAUGCAUGCUGGCUAAAUUAUCAACACUAAGCUUCUACAACAAAAGAAAACAACAACACAAGCAAACACGUGUACGAACAAAUUGACGACAAAGAAAGAAACUAAGAGACAAAUUAUGAAAGAACUUUGUUA